GCUUGGUCGAUCGGUCUAUCGCCUGUCUCUCCUCUCUAGCCGGUAAAUUUAGCAAUUUUUUGCUUUAAACUCGGAGUUUCUGUUAAAAAUGGAGCUUGAACUGGAUGUGGUGGACUCCCUCCAGGCACUGGCUUACGAUGGCAACUGCCUGCAGCAGGAGGCGCUGACCAAAGCGCUGGACAACGGCAUCGACGACGAGGACUUGCGUGCGGUAAUUUUCUGGCUGGCCCACGAAUUGCAUGUGCUGCGCAAGACGGACGAGCAUGUGACCUCCAGCAAGAAGGACCACGACGAGUUUGCCAUCGAGCUGUCGCUGCUGCUCACAGAGCUGAGCUGUCCCUACAGCCAGCUGGUGAUGGGGCCCAUUUCGGAGCGCUUUGAGAGCCGCGACGCACUGCUGCAGUUGCUGGACUAUUUGACCUCGGAGCUGAUGUUCACUAAGAUUUCGCUGAAGGCGCAGCCCGUGGGACCGCCUUGCAAAAAGUCCAAGACUGAGUCCAAUGUCGAGGCGACGGUAUUGCAGCUGGUGAAGGAUCUGCAGCUGGGCGAGUUGCCCAAGAACAUCACCACCAAGGCCAUGUUCGACAAGAUUACACCCCGACUGGAGCAGCGCAUGGGUCAGACCAAUCGCGGGGUUAUCAGCGAGCCCCUGCUCAACCAGAAGAAGCCGCUCAGCGAUGUCCAGUGGCGAAUGCUGGAGGCGCUGCACAUUGAUCUGGAUAGCGAGUACAAUCUUCGUCGCCAAAUGAUGCUCACGCGCCUGGAGGCGACCAUUCAGAGUUUCCAGUGGUCGGAGAGCAUGAGGAAUCGCGAGAACGAGAUAAUGCAACUCUUCCAGCUCAAGCUCAAGGAACUGGAGCAGUUCAAGCUGGGUGGCAACGAAACCAACAUUGUGGCUCUCUUGGCCGCCCGCGCCGACUUGGCCAUCAUCGAAAAGACAAGUUCCGCAAAUGUUCGCAAGAAUACUGCCUCGAAGAUCCAAAAGCACAUGAUUGGCAGUGUCCCGGAUCGCGGUGGGCGAGCCAAUGAGCAUGCGCCGCCUCCCCCAGAGAUGCCCUCUUGGCAGCAGCAGCGGGCAGGCGGGCCCCAAGGUGGAGGCGGUGGCGGGGGCCGUGGAGGUGGAAACUUUCGAGGCGGUGGCCGUGGCGGUGGGCGCGGUGGUGGUCGAGGAGGAGCAGCUGGUGGCGACAAUAAUUGGCAACAGCAGCAGCCACAUCAACAGCAGCAUCGCGAUCGCGAUAACAGCCGCGAUAGAGACCGAGAUCAGCAAUGGACUGGCGGCAGUGGACGCGUGCAGGGCUCUGGCUGGAAUCCCCAGGGCGGACGCGGAGGAGGUGGUCGCGGCGGCGGUGGGCGUGGUCGUGGAGGAGGCGGCGGUGGCUAUCAACAACGCGGUGGCUACCGAUAAGCUUUACAUCUGUAUAAACCAAUUCCAUGAACUGAUAUUAUAAGAGAUCAUCGAUACGUAUCUACCCUGCUCUCCGCCUGUUUUAACUAAUUUCGCCGUCUGUGCGGAUAACCCAGUUUUAUUUAUUGCUAAUUUAAAUGAAUGUGUUUAUAAAUGGCUGAAAUUUAUAAAAUAAACUAUCUAUGUCAUCAAAUGCCAGCAAA